AUCACUGCAACCCCAAGAACAGAGCUCUUAAAAGUUUUCGCUCGCUCUUGGUACCGAGUGUUUGAAUGAAGUUAUGACAGGAGAGAGUAUGUGCUGGACGAUUUUGUCAUGAUAUCCUCAUGGUUCGAUAAUGAGGUGUUAUGUCCGUAAUUUUCUGAGAUGGAUUGUGGCCGCAGUUCUCAUAAUUUUUUACACCUUGUUGAUAAUUCUGUGGCAGGUCGACGUCCCAAGAAAUCAGGUGUCUCAGUGGUAUGUGAGCAAAGAUGGCGUUGCCAAUGAAAAUAAUGCCAAAACACGUGAAUUCUUACCAGAAAGAGCGCCUCGUUCAAUAUUGGACUUGGAAAGCGAAAAUCAGAAUUUCAAACUAAGAAUUCCAGCACAAGUCACUAGCACUGCCAAAGACAAUUUUAACACUUCUCUUAGCACAAACUUGAAUGAUCUUUUCAUAAGUGUUAAAACGACGAAAAAUUUUCAUCAAAGCAGACUAAAUGUCAUUCUACGGACGUGGUUUGUUUUGGCAAGAGAACAGACUUAUUUCUUCAGUGACGCCGAUGAUUCUGUUUUGUCAUCGAGAACAAGAGGCCAUUUUAUCAAUACAAACUGUUCUUCAUCACAUAAUAGGAAAGCUUUAUGUUGUAAGAUGUCUGUUGAAUUUGAUACCUUUUUAGAGAGCUCUAAAAAAUGGUUUUGCCAUUUUGAUGAUGAUAAUUAUGUAAAUGUGCCACGACUUGUGAAACUUCUACAAACAUAUAAUCCACAAGAAGAUUGGUAUCUAGGGAAACCAAGUAUAAGGUCACCACUUGAAAUAAUUAGUCGAUAUGAUAAACAACAAAAUAUAUCCUUCUGGUUUGCUACUGGAGGGGCUGGAUUUUGUAUAAGCCGUGCUUUAGCUCUGAAAAUGUUACCAAUUGCUAGUGGUGGAAAAUUCAUUAGUAUUGGAGAAAAAAUACGAUUGCCGGAUGAUGUCACAAUGGGAUAUAUAAUAGAGCACAUUUUACAAAAGAAACUAACAGUCAUUGAUUUGUUUCACUCUCAUUUUGAACCGAUGAAAUUUUUAAAACAAGACAGCUUUUCAGAACAAGUUUCGUUCAGUUAUUCGAGAUUUGGUCAUGAAAUGAAUGUUUUACAUAUAGAUGGAUUUGAUGAGAAAGCUGAUCCAACAAGGUUUUUAUCCUUGCACUGCCAUUUAUUUCCAAACUUCAAUUUUUGUCCCAGCUGAUAAACGAUAACUGUUGUUUGAUAUGUAUAUAAUUUUAUGGUUAGUUGCCAAAUUCAAGUGCCUUACAAUAAUCAGAAGUUGUAUGAGUAAAAUUAACGUAAAUUUAGCAAGUCAACAUCAUAAUGAAGUCUGGAGCUAAUCAUUUUAAAGUGAUUUGGUGCCUUCAGAAGGCUUCAUGUUGAAUUUUUAUAUUGUUUUUUAGAAAUCGGAAAAAAGUGCCACAUAGAAAUUUCUUAUUUUGUAAAUACCAGAUUAUGUAUAUUGUAGUUGAUUUUUUUUUUCUCCUUUAUUAAGAAUGUUUAAAGGAUUUUGUAGAGCUUUGUAUAUUUGUAUGUUUAUUUGUGUUGUGAUGUAAUGAAGUAUGUGCACUCCCUAGAUUUGUAUGAUCUGUGAUCAUAACACUUUUAUAAAUUAAUUUUUAAAAUUUUACCUUUUUUUAUAUGCAAAAAGAAAUUGCAUAAAAUAUAUUCCUUAAUAAAUGUUUUUGAGAAUAUUACUAAUUUUCAAAGUUAUAAAUUAAAUUUCAGUUUGUCUUAAUAUCAAUGUUUUUUUUAUAAAAUAAAAAAUUGCAAUUAAAACUUUAUUUUAUAAGGUUUGAAUUCCAAUAUACUAUUUUCCUCUCUGUCACUAAGACUUAAAUUAUUGAUAUAAAUUAUAUAAAAUCUGAAUUUUCAUUUUGUUUACUUUCUUUUUUAACUUUUUUGCAUAAGUUUUAUUAAUCUUGAUGAAUGGAUUCCUUCUCUUAUAUGUGAAAAUUUGUAUUAUAUAAAAGGCAAAUAUCUUGUGUUAUAGAUGUUUGUGAAAUUUCUUAUGAACCUUUUUUUCCUUAGUAUUUUUAAAUGAAUCUUGCUAAGCAUUUUUAAUAUUCUGAAAAUUUAAUCAGCAUUUAUUUUUUUUAUUCCAAAAUGAUUUUUCCUCCCCUUAUCUGAAUGUUUUCCUCUAUUUGAUGAAUUAAAUUAGAAAUGUCGAAGAAUGUUAUGCAUUGUGCCUGAAGUAAUUUUUUAAUAAUAUUUUUAAUGAUGUUAUUUUAAUUCAAGUCAGUACUACAGGGUUCUAAUGUAAUGAACAAUUGCUCAAAGUCAAUGAAGGUUUUAGUUAAAGAAAGAAGAAUUUGUAUUUUUAAUGAUGAAUGUGAAUGGUUUUUUUAGUGUUUUUGUCUUCUUUGUACUUGUAAAAUACGUAUGAUGUGGAUGUUUUCUCUCGGCAUUUGUUAAUUGAUUCUGAUGUUUUGUAAAUAAUGUAAUAAUUUUAAAAGAAAAGCAAAGUGCAUUCUAAACUAAAACGUGCCUUUCGAAAUGAAUAUUCUAUUUUCAACGUUGUAUGAGCAAAUAUAUCAGUAUUGAUUGAGAAGAUACAAUCUUUUUUAUAAGAAUGUUAUUUGCAUUAUUUUUUUAUUAACAUUGAAUCUAUUUGAUUAAUAUUCAUUAUAUUAUAUUAUUGAUAAUAUAUUCUUAUUCUGAUUGUAUUUGAAUUUUUAUAUCUAAAGAAAUUGUAAAUUUCUUAUGUUUAGCUGUGCCAAAUUAUUCAGUUAGGUGUUAAAAAAUUUCUUGUUGUUAUAGUGAUUUUGUAUUCUUGGUUUUAGUUUUAACUAAUUUUUUAAAUAUUAAAUUUCAAAUCAAAAUAAUUACUUAUAAAAUAUUGUUAUGUAAAUUGUAUUGUGCAAAUAUGUUCAAUAUUAGAUUUUUUAUUUUCUUUUGCAGAUCUUCACUAAAUGUUACUUAGCAUGAAUGUUUGAAUUAUAUUUGUUUCUAUGUUUUCUAGGCCAAUAUGCCUUUAAACUUAAUGCAUUAAUUUUUUUAAAGAUUCGUUGCCAAAUUAUGUAAAAUAAAAGAAUAUUGUUAGAUUUGAUUUUGCACUAGUUAUUUAUGGUUAUUACAAAUAACUGCAAAAAUUUGAUUCAGUAUCUGUAUUUUCUAAAUAUUAACUGUUUCUCUAAUUACAAUUGUUUUUAAUUAAUAAUUAUGCUGUGUUUUUGCUCAAGAAUAAAUUUUAUUCAUAUUUAUAAUUAAAUUUUUUUCCUCACAGUGGUGAAUUCCUACCCCCCUCCCCUUUCUAAUGGCCACUUUCAAGUGCCCUUAUUCCAAAUUAAAUAUUGGCAUUGGAUGUUUCAUUAGUAAUGACACAUUCAACUUUUAAGUUAAAUGGAUUUACCUAAACUUGUAUAACUUAAUAUGAUGAUAAAUAUUUUUUUUCUCUUCAUUUUUGUAUAUAUCUUUUCUGUGUACAUUAAAUACAUGAGAUUGUGAUGUUUUGUUAGUUUGCCAAGUAAAGGAAAAAAUAAAGACUUUUGUUAAAGUG